AUGGGGAAAUUGAAAAAAGGAAGAAAGAACCAAAAGGCAAGAGUUAAUCCAAUUGGGUCCAAGUCACAGCAGGAGAUUAAAAAGGAUGAGUCAACAAGGAACUCGAAGAUUCUACCCCUUAUAAAUAAGCUUAAAUCGAGCGUGCCAAAUGAUAAAUCGAUGGCUCUAGGUGCUAUAACUAUUCUUUCCGAAGACGCUCGUAUGAGAACAUUACUUCUUAAGGAGAAGGUGAUUGCUGUUGUCAUGCAAUCAUGUUUGAACGACUCCAACGAUGAGAUCAUCGUUGAGGCAUUUGGAUUAUUGAGAAACUUGGGGAUUGAAGAAGGCCACGAUGUGACUAAAUAUUUGUGGAGGCAAGACAUAUGGACGAGUAUAGAGAGUGCGUUGAACAAAAUCAAUGACUCUUUUAAGUUCUUGCAGGAAAAGGGCAAGGUCGAGAAAGACAAAUCUAAGUUGCAGCUACUAUACGAUUUCACUGAGAAUAUAUUGAGUUUAAUAGUAGUUCUUGCAGGUGGAGAUGAAUCGAUGUACGAAUCAGUGUUCAAAAAGAUAGAUCCAAUUCUCGAUUUUGUUUUGAGAAUUCUCGAUGGUCAUAUAAGUGGAAGCUUCAAGGUUACAAACAAAUUGUUUGCGGCAUUGUUAGAAUUUGUUUACGAAUUUUCCACCGAGUCUGUUGAAUUUGUUGAAAAAUUGGAAAGAUACAACAACUGGGAUAAGUUGAUUUCAUAUGUCAAUGAUUCAAACAGCAAUUUGGCCAAAAUUUAUAUUGAAGGGAUCAAGUUUAACAACUAUGAGGUGUUGGAGUCAACACAUGCUAAUAAACAGCUGGUGUUGAGGGAUGUUUUGCGUAGUAUUUUUGACAUUGAGACCGGUAUAGACUUGCAGAAACUUCUGGAACGCAUUGAAUCUAUAGCCCACCCAAAUAAUGCUGAUGAACCGAUAAAGAAAGAUGCCAACACGCUUGAGAAGGAUUUGUCGUCCAAUAAUGAAGUUAAGUCGGAAACAAAAAGAGACUUAUCAACCAUUGAAGUUGGUUUAAGUGUUAUCACUUCGGUGCUUGAAUAUUUGGCAGUUAGCGAAGAAUCUCCAGAAAAACCUAUCAACUUAUCGCCAGCUUUGGAAGAGAUAUUGUUUGAGAAAAUAGAGCCAAUGUUGGUUGAGCUUCUCAAGUUUGAAUUGAAGACAAACGUUUUACAAUUGGGGGAGCAAAUAAUUGGUGCAAUCAAUAAUUUUGCCUGGCUCGUUUUAAGUACGGAACACCUUCCUGUUGCGUGGUAUGAAAAGUCAUUGCAGUUGUAUGAUAUCAUACUAACUAUUAAUGAUGAGAAAUUACAAAUGGACAGUUUGGGUGUGUUUUGGGCAAUAAUAAAGAGUUUAGGACCAGAAAUUGUUGGAAAAAUCCCUCCUGAACUCAUCCAAAGACUUUUACAAGCACAAGCAACUGAAGAUAACUCCAACGCCUUUUUAAAUGUUAUUGGUGUAUUGGGAUCCAUAGCACCAAUUAUCAACAACACUGAAAUCACUUUCCAAAUAUCACAAUUUUUGAUUACUUCGAUCAAUGCUGCAUGUAAUGAGCCGCAACACACAAGGAAUUUGGAGGUCAUUAUUGAAUCUUUAAAUGCGUUUUAUGAUAUCUUUGGUGAUAUGCAAUUUGAUUAUGAUUAUCCAGUUUUUGUCAAACAUGAUUAUCUAACUUUAUUGAAGAACCUCGAGCCUAAGAUCAAGGAGAUAUACAAGAAAAUUGACAAAAGUAAACAUCCACAACUUAAAAUGAAGAUGGAAGAAACAUGGACCAACUUGGAGAGAUUUAUACAGUACAAAGAGAGUGAACGGAUGUAA